GGGGCCAGACCGGCUUUGUUCCCAGGGUGGCGCCCGCUCUCCAUUUGGGCCCCGCGCCUGUUUGGGGCUGGGUGGGCAGUGGGCACCAGGAGUAGGGGGGUGGUCCCAUGAGAGCCUAGAGGCUCAGGGCCACCGGGUGUCUCUGGGAGGAUGGGGCAGGACCAGACGAAGCAGCAGAUCGAGAAGGGGCUCCAGCUGUACCAGUCUAACCAGACGGAGAAGGCGCUGCAGUUGUGGAUGAAGGUUCUGGAGAAGAGCUCAGACCUCGUGGGGCGCUUCCGCGUGCUCGGCUGCCUCGUCACGGCCCACUCGGAGAUGGGCCGCUACAAGGAGAUGCUCAAGUUUGCUGUGGUCCAGAUCGACACCGCCCGGGAGCUGGAGGACGCCAACUUCCUCCUGGAGAGCUACCUGAACCUGGCACGCAGCAACGAAAAGCUGUGUGAGUUCCACAAGACCAUCUCCUACUGCAAGACCUGCCUCGGCCUGCCCGGCACCAGGGCGGCUGCCCAGCUCGGAGGCCAGGUCAGCCUGAGCAUGGGCAAUGCCUUCCUGGGCCUCAGUCUCUUCCAGAAGGCCCUGGAGAGCUUCGAGAAGGCCCUGCGCUAUGCCCACAACAACGACGACGCCAUGCUCGAGUGCCGCGUCUGCUGCAGCCUGGGCAGCUUUUACACUCAGGUCAAGGACUACGAGAAAGCCCUGUUCUUCCCCUGCAAGGCUGCGGAGCUCGUCAACGACUACGGCAAAGGCUGGAGCCUCAAGUACCGGGCCAUGAGCCAGUAUCACAUGGCUGUAGCGUAUCGCCUGCUGGGCCACCUGGGCAGCGCCAUGGAGUGCUGUGAGGAGUCUAUGAAGAUCGCGCUGCAGCACGGGGACCGUCCGCUGCAGGCUCUCUGCCUGCUCUGCUUUGCUGACAUCCACCGGAGCCGUGGGGACCUGCAGACAGCCUUCCCCAGGUACGACUCCGCCAUGAGCAUCAUGACCGAGAUCGGGAACCGCCUGGGGCAGGUGCAGGUGUUGCUGGGCGUGGCCAAGUGCUGGGUGGCCAGGAAGGCGCUGGACAAGGCCCUGGAUGCCAUUGAGAGAGCCCAAGACCUGGCCGAGGAGGUGGGGAACAAGCUGGCCCAGCUGAAGCUGCACUGCCUGAGCGAGAGCAUCUACCGCAGCAAAGGGCUGCAGCGGGAGCUGCGCGCCCACGUCGUGCGUUUCCACGAGUGCGUGGAGGAGACCGAGCUCUACUGCGGCCUGUGCGGCGAGUCCAUCGGCGAGAAGAACAGCCGUCUGCAGGCCCUGCCCUGCUCCCACAUCUUCCACCUCAGGUGCCUGCAGAACAACAGGACACGAAGCUGCCCCAACUGCCGCCGCUCGUCCAUGAAGCCUGGCUUCGUGUGACCCCGCAGGUCGUGGACCUCACCUCGCCUCCCCUGCUCCUUCUCUGCCCUCACGCUGGAGGGCCCUGACCGGCUGAGCCCCUGCCAUGCCUGUUUACUCCUGGGGCAGGGGCUGGGGGGGCGCCUCCUGCGGCCUCGGUCAAGGCCCAGGGCCUGCCCGCCGCAGUUCUGCCAGGCCCAGCUGCCCUCCCCCCUGCCUCUCUGGACUUUGCUCUUUCUAGAAAAAUAAAACCGUUUGUACCUCGUC